GAGUACGGAGUAGUGAUCAUUGGCUGGGAUGAGUACGGAGUAGUGAUCAUUGGCUGGGAUGAGUACGGAGUAGUGGCCAUUGGUUGGGAUGAGUACGGAGUAGUGAUCAUUGGUUGGGAUGAGUACGGAGUAGUGGCCAUGGGUUGGAAUGAGUACGGAGUAGUGGCCAUUGGUUGGGAUGAGUAGUAGUAGUGAUCAUUGGUUGGGAUGAGUACGGAUGGCCAUUGGUUGGGAUGAGUACGGAGUAGUGGCCAUUGGUUGGGAUGAGUACGGAGUAGUGGCCAUUGGUUGGGAUGAGUACGGAGUAGUGGCCAUUGGUUGGGAU